CUGGAAUGGGAGCGAGGAGAGAAGCAGGAUGCGCCAUCUGGCUGCCUAUAAAGCUCAUGGCAGCUCUGCUCCCCGGACGACCAAGAGGAACAUCUCCCAUCCUCAUCAGCUCAUCAGCACAGCCUGUUCUCUCCAAUAACCCCUCGUUGUCUCACAAAUCUCCGUCUCCCGACACCAAAACGCCGCAGCCAUGAAGGUCUCCAUCAUCAGCCUCUCUCUGGCCGCCAUGGCCAUCGGCUCCCCGAUCCUGAACCUGGGUGCGGCCACCGGCCUGUUCAAGCCGAAGCAGGUCGGCCGCGGCCUCAAGUCGCCGUUCCGCUUCACCUCGAGCUACGCAAUCGUCGCGACGCCGGACCAGGUGGUCAACGCGUCCAACGUUGCGACGGGCGGCCUGCCCGGCGCCAGCGGCCUGUACCUGUUCGGCAUCAACUCGCACGACAACGUCAUCUGCUACAACAUCACUCUCGACGGCUUCAGGGGCAACUACUCGUCGCCCGCCGCAACCGCCACGCACAUCCACGAGGCGCCCAAGGGGAUGGCCGGCCCGCCGAGGCUCGCGUUCCCCAACCCCGUCCUCACGGGCGAGGGCGACAAGCGCAGCAGCGUCGGCUGCCUCACGGGCCCCUUCACCACGGGCGCCUUGGCCAACGGGACCGACACGGGCGCGGGCUUCCACGUCCGGCAGAUCGAGGAGGACCCAGCCGCCUUCUUCGCCGACGUGCACUCGUCGCUGGCCGUGGCCGGCGCCGUCAGGGGCCAGCUCGACCAGGAGGUCUGCAGGGAGAAGAAGAAGGGGUACUAG